CAUUUGUCAGUCGCGCGCCUCACAGUGUUCCAGUUGCAGUUAAAUGGCUACACAAUAAAACGCGUUGUCAUUUCAGUAUGUCCUAAACGGGCUUCCGUGACGCAUUAGCGGAUUAUAUUAGCAUGGGCUGAAUCAAAUGUAUGCACUAAAAGAGAGGAGAUUCGAGCUUUAUCUUCAGGGCCAUUGGUUUACUGGCUGCUAGUUAGCCUGCUAGCUAAGAUACAAAUAUGACAUUCUUUGUUAGCCGGCCGGCUAAUAUUUGUAGACCUGUUUAAAUGUGUUUAAACUUCACGUUACCGGUUUGCACAUUUUUUGGCGUGAAUAACACACGUUUCCAGGAAGACGUUGUCGUUUUCUCCCUUCAUGUUUGCAGGUUAAACAAUGAGGAACAAAGAUGAACCCGAAAUUCUUGCGGAUUGUACCGACAAUACAGUACCUGAAACCCCAGAAGCCAAGCGUCCAUCUAAGCCCGGCCCUGUUAAACCCUCCGAUCCUGCACUGAUGGACUCUGCGUCUUCUGAUUCGGAAGUGGAGAUAUCAGGAAGCUCUAUGAUCACGAUAGGGCCGGGGAAGAGCAACACAACUUCAACUCAGGACCUGUACAUGUUGUAUGAGGAAGAGAACGAAGCAAGAGAGGCGAAGAUGGAGACGUCUGACCACGAAAGCCGGGAGAAGGAGACGGAGACCAAACAUGAACACGCUUCAUCAGUGAAGACAUCUGGAAACGGAGAUUCAGUGUGUAAAAGGAGGCAAGAGGACAUGAAUGACGAUUCCCAGGAAAGCAACAUGAGCAGCAAGAAGAGGCGCGAGUCAAUUACUGAUGAUUCGGCUGAUGAAGGACCUGAGCCCAGCUGGAGGGAGCAGGAGAGCAUGGUGAAGAAGCUGCAGCGUAAUUUCCCCCAUCUCAACAAGGAGGAGCUACGAGACGUGCUUCAUGAACACAGCUGGGUUAUCGAGGAUGCCCUGGAGGCACUGCGCAUGUUCUCGGAACACGUGGUGGAAUGCAGCAGCGAUGACUCUGACUCGGAACCCGUGCCUUCCUCUGAAAUCAAAAGCACAAAUCCCACGUCGAACCCCGGCACCUCUGCAAUACCUCGGGUCCCUGUCAGACCCUUAAACGGCGACAGAGACGCUCGGGCGAUGAGGAGACGGAACACGAGAGAAAUCCAGAAGCAAGACAGCAGCUCGGAAGACAACACCAGUGACUUCGAGGCGUCGCCCAGACCUUUGGACAUGGACUCGGAUUCAGAUGAAGCCGAUGAGAAGCUUCCCAGAUUAAAGGCUCAGAUCCUGGUCUUCUUCCAGAAGGCCACGGUGGACGAGCUGACUCUGAUCGCAGGCUGCUCUUUGAAGAAAGCUCAGAAAAUCAUUGAGCUGAGACCGUAUCAGACGUGGAGCGAUCUAGAUGAAGUCCUACACAGAGGUAACGGCCUGUCUGCGGAUCUGCUCGCUGGCUGUCGAGAGGUCCUGAGGGAGCGAGAGGUGGUACAGGGGCUUAUGGUCAAGUGUGAGGAAAUUUCCAGAAAGAUGACCGGAUUGGUGCAGAAGGGUCUGGGAUCGAUGAGGCAGCCUCACAUCCUUACCAGCACAUUUGAGCUGAAACCGUAUCAGCUGAUUGGCCUGAGUUGGCUGACCCUGCUUCACAAGAACCAGCUGAAUGGAAUCUUGGCGGAUGAAAUGGGUUUGGGAAAGACCAUCCAAGUCAUUUCAUUCCUGGCACAGCUUUAUCAGGAAGGGAACAGAGGACCGCAUCUCAUCACAGUGCCUUCUUCCACGCUUGAUAACUGGGUUCGUGAGCUUAACCUUUGGUGCCCGAGCUUUAAAGUGCUGGUUUACUACGGGUCCGUCGAGGAACGGAAAUGCAUCCGCUAUGAGAUCCUGAACGAAGAAGUGGAUUAUAGCAUCAUCGUCUCGACAUACAACCUGGCAAUCGGGAACUCCAGCGAUCGCAGCCUGUUCCGCAAGCUCAAACUGGAAUAUGCUGUGUUCGACGAAGGACACAUGCUGAAGAACAUGAGCUCACUGCGCUAUCGCCAUCUCAUGGGCAUCAACGCCAAAUAUCGGCUGCUGCUGACUGGAACGCCGCUGCAGAAUAACCUCCUAGAGCUGAUGUCUCUACUUAACUUCAUCAUGCCCAACAUGUUCUCCAGCAGCACCUCACAGAUCGCCAAGAUGUUCUCUAUGAAAUCCUCGGAGGAGCAGAGCAGCUUUGAGAAGGACCGGAUUGCUCACGCCAAACUCAUUAUGAAACCCUUUAUCCUGCGGCGUAUCAAAAGCGAGGUCCUGAAGCAGCUGCCUGCCAAGGAGGAGCAGACUGAGUUCUGCGCCAUGAGCGAGAAACAGCAGCAGCUUUAUGACACACUGUUCAGCAAACUAAAGCGUGCCGGCAGCACAGAGAAACGGGAGCUGACCAAUGUCAUGAUGCAGCUGAGGAAGAUGGCCAAUCACCCGCUCCUGCACCGCCAGUAUUAUUCCAGCAGACGCCUCGCAGCCAUGAGCAAACUAAUGCUCAAGGAGCCGAGUCACCGUGACUCAGACCCAGUUCUGAUCGAGGAGGACAUGACUGUGAUGUCAGAUUUCGAGCUGCAUCGUCUGUGCCAGCAGUACCCUACGCUGGUGGACCAUCAGCUGACCACAGAGCAGCUGCUGGACUCAGGGAAGCUCCACCUCCUCACACCCCUUCUUACGGACCUCAAAGAACAAGGUCACCGCGUGGCCCUUUUCAGCCAGUUCACCAUGAUGCUGGACAUCCUGGAGGUGCUGCUCAAACACCACAAGCACAGGUACAUCCGAAUGGACGGUUCCACGCCGAUGAGCAACAGGAUCGUGCUGAUUGACCAGUUUAACACGGACCUGGACAUCUUUGUGUUCCUGCUGUCGACUAGAGCUGGAGGACUCGGCAUCAACCUGACGUCCGCUAACGUCGUCAUCCUGCACGACAUCGACUGCAAUCCCUACAACGACAAGCAGGCCGAGGACCGCUGCCACCGUGUCGGACAAACCAGGAAUGUUAAAGUGAUCAAGCUGAUAAGCAAAGACUCUAUAGAGGACGCCAUGCUUCGCAUCGGCCAGAGGAAACUCAAACUGGAGCAGGACAUGACCGCCACAGAGGAAGGCGAUGAAGACACCAUUCCUGAUGACAUGGCCUCCCUCCUGAAAGCUUCUCUGGGACUCUGAAGAGCAGAGGAACACUGUGUGUGUUCGUGAAAGUGUUUCGUUACAUUUCAACUGAGUACUGUAACAAAAAUCAAGACUGACUGACUUGCUGUUAAAAAGGUGCACUGAUUGUGUACGAUUAAACCGGAGAUGUAAUUUUAUACAUUCUCUGGAAUACUUCAACAUUCUGGAAAGACUUAUCAUAAUUUCUGGUUUAGUUUACAAUUGUAAUAAAGUAUUGUACGGUU